AUGAAGGACGGAUCGUUUAGUUACCUACACCUAUCUAACCCCAACAUAGCCACGUAUAUUGAAACAUGGCACAACGAGCCAAUGCCAUUUGAUGAUAUAGAGCCGCCACAAAUUCACAAUAACAAACAAAACGGUGGCGGCAUAAAGAAUGGAGAGGUGCCACUGUUGGAUAAUGAGGAUGAUGACCCACUUCAGGGUAACCAAGCUUUUGGUGUAGCUGGUAAUAGUAGUGGCGGUGGCGGUGGCGCAGGUGGUAGUGGCGCAGGAGGCAGAGGUUUGAAAGGAAAUGGAAGUGGUGCACACAAUCAGUGGAUGGAUUUGCAAUUACAUGAAGUGUUUAAAGAAGAUAUCAAGAGAUUUCAGGAUACGACAAUUUUACCCAAUAUAGAACAAAGGGAGUAA